AUGGUACAUUCGAACAGAAGAACAACAAAAAACGGCGCCCUACCGGGAGUGUUCCCAUCCCAAGGUGGCAGAAUCCCAAUUGCACAAGCUAGUCAAAAAAAUAGAAUGGACGGAAAGAAGGCCUCAGGAUCGUCCUUCUUUUUUACUAAAAGAAAUGCUAUGUUAUUUUUUGUUCUUGCUUUUAUCUUUUUAAAGCAUCAAGAGGAUUUCAGAAGACAGGAUGUGAAUGCUCCAUUACAACUGCAUGACAGUGUAGGUAGAAAAUUAGCAAGCACAGAAAUUUAUUUCAGAAAAAGGGGGAAAAAAGAGAAAGUUACUGAAGUUAAGAAAGAGUCCUCGGGGUCCGGGAACAAAGCACCGAGUGUUGCUGGGAACAAAGCGCCGAGGGUUGGUAGGAACAAAGCCCCAACUGAAGUAGAAAAUAAAUCCCCAACUGAAGGAGAAAAUAAAGCUCCAACUGAAGUAGAAAAUAAAUCCCCAACUGAAGGAGAAAACAAAACUCCAACUGAACCUGAAAAUAAGACUCCAUUUAAAGACCUGUCACGGGAAACUGAAAAAAGGGAAUGCGCUAAGGUUAAGUGGGGAGCUUCCAAGUAUGGGAAGGGAGGAUCUAGGGCCGAAGAACAUAGGCGCCGAUUAAAACAAUGGUUACAGGAAACAGGGAUAGACCCUGGAGAAUAUCUCACCGGAAGAGAACCCCCAAAAUCAACUAAACAAAAGGUCCAAGAGAAAAAAGAAACUACCGAAAAAGGAGGAUCUCAAAAACCAAGUGAACAAAAGAUCCAAGAGAAAAAAGAUUCCAGCAGAAAAGCAACUAAAAAAACAACUGGACAACAAGUAAUGAAUAAAAAAGAUUAG